AGCAGUGACCAUCAUUUGCCAGCUUUGCCUAUGAUUGUGCAUAUUGAGCAUGUGCAUAAUCAUCCAAUCACAGGCAAUGCCAAAGUAAUGCAGCACCGGGAUGUCUCAGAGGACACAAUUCAAAAAUUUAAAGAUUUGUUUGCUAGAGGGCACACUCCAGCAUCUGCUCUCAAAAUGCACAAAUUUAAUCUGCAUAUGGAGCACCCAGACAAUUACAUCUAUUUGGCCUCGGACCGUUCAGUUUGUCCAGACUUGAGUUUUGUUUACAAACUGUAUGCCAAAGUUUUCCAGAAGAGCUAUGGUGCAGAUUCAGGACAAGGUCUCCUGACUGCUGUAAAUAGUCUGAUUGAGAACUAUAACAAUGAACAGAAACUGAAGUGUGCAUCAAUGGAGCUCAUUAAGGACAAGACUGUGAUUGCUGUGUAUACUCCUUUAAUGAGGCGUAUUAGCGAGAAGCAUAGGGCCAGCGGUGAGCUGGUUUUCAUUGAUUCUACAGGAGGAGUAGACCGUUACAACUGCAGGGUCUUCCUCCUUCUUACACACAGUGCUGCUGAGGUUUGCCACUAG